AUGGUUUGUUUCAAUUAUCUUCUUCAGGCCCUGGUAGUCAUCACCCUUCCAGCAUGGACCCUUGGCUGGGGUAUCCUACCAUUUCAAUCCUAUCAACACCAGCAACAGCCAGUCCCACAAUCCCAGACUCCCCUAGAAGGUCCCGGGUGCGAUGGUUCUGGCAUUGUCGACCCCGGUGGCCGAUGUAAUGGCGACGGGCUGGUCGACAGUCCCCCAGACCACCGCGACAGAGAGGGAUUCAAAUUCGAGAAUCCGUCGACAGACUGCAAAUACGUCUCGCAGAUGCACAUCUGGGACUCGUUCAAAGACCUGGAGAAGGAUAUGAACAAGCUCUUCACCCUCAUCCACAAGAACGUGAGUUUCACCGUGGUCGGACACCAUCCCAUCGCGGGUCACUACAACGAUCUGCUGCAUUUCUAUGUCAAUGCGCUGCGGCGAGUCAGUGUGCUGUUCCUCGACCAUGCGGACAAAUUCGAGAUCCACCCGCAAGCGAUCCAUGGAGGCUGUAAUGAGCGAUGGUCCGUCCAGGAGGUCAAUUUCAGGGGGGUAAUGAAUUCAGGAGAUGACUUUGACAUUGUCAACGUCUGGGUAACUCGAUGGGAUCGGGGGCAGAUGGUGGAAAUCCGCACAUAUAUCGACUCUGCCCGGAUCAUGGAGGCACUGCACAAGAACGAGAUCUGGUGGAAUGGAACCACCUUUCGAGACAAUAUCCACUACAUGCCUGGUCCUGCAGGCAUGCCUGACCUGAAGAAGCUAGAGGAUCUCAUGGGAUAUCCAGACGGACGGAAGUAUGAAGAUUGA